GCCAUGGCUUUCUGUGCAAAAAUGAGGAGCACAAAGAAGAGUGAAGUAAACCAGGAAGCUCAGCAUCAGGGUUUAGAAGUGCUUUUCUACCUGCAAGAUAAAAGUCCCAUUUGUUACAGCAGUGGCCAGUUCACCUCGGAGGAGCUGUGUAUUGAAGCUGCCCAGAAGUGUUCUAUAUCUCCUCUGUGCCAUAAUCUCUUUGCACUGUAUGAUGAGAACAAAAAACUCUGGUAUGCACCAAACCAGGUCUUUAAGAUAGAUGAGAAAACGUCACAGCGGCUCCAUUAUCGAAUGAGAUACUACUUUACAAACUGGCAUGGGACUAGUGAAAAUGAACCCUCAGUGUGGAGACAUUCAACAAGGAAGGCAAAGAGCUGUUAUGAGAAGAAGCUGGCUCCAGAGGGAACCCCCAUACUUGACGCAAACUCUUUAGAAUACAUCUUUGCACAGGGUCAGUAUGACUUAGUGAAAGGCCUGGCACCAAUCCGUGAUCCUAAAAAUGAUCAAGAGGCCCAUGAAAUUGAGAACGAGUGUCUGGGGAUGGCUGUCCUUGCAAUCUCCCACUAUGCCAUCAAGAAAAACGUGAAGCUUCCCGAGCUUCCCAAAGACAUCAGUUACAAGCAUUACAUUCCUGAAACUUUGAACAAGACUAUCAGACAGAGGAAUUUCUUAACCAGGAUUCGGAUAAAUAACGUUUUCAAGCAUUUCCUGAAAGAGUUUAACAACAAAACCAUUUGUGACAGUAGUGUGUCUCCACGUGACCUGAAAGUUAAAUACUUGUCCACGAUGGAGACCUUGACUAAACAUUAUGGAGCAGAAAUUUUCGAGACCCCAUUUUUGCUGAUUUCCUCCGAGAAUGAAAUAAACAGAUUUAAUUGUGGAGACAAUGAGAUCCUCCCACUGUACGAAAUCAUUGUCACAGGAAACAAUGGAAUUCAGUGGAGGCUCAAGCCAAAUUCUGCUCAGACAGAGAAAGAGAAGAAGAAAAAAUCUGAUGGCAAAAACAAAAAGGAUGAAGAAAAACAGAAAAUUCAAGAGUUGUGGAACAAUUUCUCCUACUUCCCUGAAAUCACCCACAUUGUGAUCAAGGAGUCUACAGUCAGCAUUAACAAGCAGGAUAACAAAAGAAUGGAGUUAAAGCUGUCCUCACAUGAUGAGGCCCUGUCCUUUGCAUCCCUGGUAGACGGGUACUUCAGGCUGACAGCAGAUGCCCACCACUACCUCUGCACGGAUGUGGCUCCUCCCCUGAUUGAGCACAACAUAAAAAAUGGAUGCCAUGGACCCAUCUGCACGGAAUACGCCAUCAGCAAACUGCGCCAGGAGGGGAACGAGGUGGGAAUGUAUGUGUUGAGGUGGAGCUGCACCAAUUUCAACCACAUCCUCAUGACUGUGACUUGCCUUGAAGGCUCUGAGGUACGUCAGGUGGGACAAUCCCAACAGGAAUACAAGAACUUUCAGAUUGAAGUGAAGAAGGGCGAGUACUUCCUGCAUGGUUCAAACAAGUCUUUCUCAUCCUUAAAAGAGCUGAUGGAUCACCUGAAAGGACAAAUGCUUCGGACAGACAACAUAAGCUUUACGCUGAAGAGGUGCUGCCAACCAAAACCCAGAGAAAUCUCCAACUUGCUGGUUGCAACCAAGAAGGCUCAGGAAUGGCAGCCUGUUUAUCACCUGGGGCAGCUGAGUUUCCAUCGAAUCCUCAAGGAAGAAAUCAUACAGGGUGAGCACCUCGGAAGAGGGACGAGGACACAGAUUUACUCAGGGAUUCUCAACUACAAGGAUGAUGAGAACGAAGGAUACCAGAAUGAGAAAGAGAUCAAAGUGCUCCUCAAGGUCUUGGACCCCAGCCACAGAGACAUUUCUUUGGCAUUCUUUGAAACAGCCAGCAUGAUGAGGCAGGUGUCCCACAAGCACAUUGUCCUUCUCCACGGGGUCUGUGUCCGUGACGUGGAAAGUGAGUUGAGUGACGGAGGCCUGGGCAGGGUCAGGGGGGUCCUGACAACUCCUUGGAAAUUCAAGGUUGCCAAGCAACUUGCCAGUGCCCUGAGCUACUUGGAGGAUAAGGACUUGGUACAUGGAAAUGUGUGUACUAAGAACAUCCUCCUGGCAAGAGAGGGAAUUGACACAGAAUACGGGCCUUUCAUAAAGCUGAGUGACCCAGGAAUCCCAAUAACUGUGCUGUCCAGACAAGAAUGUGUUGAGCGCAUCCCCUGGAUUGCACCGGAGUGUGUUGAAGACUCCAAGAAUUUAAGUGUGGCAGCAGACAAGUGGAGCUUUGGUACCACCCUGUGGGAGAUCUGCUACAAUGGAGAAACACCACUGAAAGACAAGACGUUGGCUGAGAAGGAGAGGUUCUAUGAGGGGCAUUUUGUGCUGGCAACACCCUCAUGCAAGGAGCUUGCUGACCUGAUGAAUCAGUGCAUGAACUACGACCCCCACCAGAGACCCUUCUUCAGGGCCAUCAUGAGAGACAUCAACAAACUGGAGGAGCAAAAUCCUGAUAUUGUCUCAGAGAAGAAACCCAUGACAGAGGUGGAUCCCACACUCUUCGAAAAGAGGUUCCUGAAAAGAAUCCGUGAUCUGGGAGAGGGCCACUUUGGCAAGGUUGAACUCUGCCGAUACGACCCAGAGGGCGACAAUACAGGGGAGCAAGUGGCAGUGAAAUCCCUAAAGCCAGAGAGUGGAGGGAACCACAUUGCUGAUCUCAAGAAGGAAAUAGAAAUCUUGAGGAAUCUUUACCAUGAGAACAUUGUCAAGUACAAGGGGAUUUGCACAGAGGAUGGAGGAAGUGGGAUUAAACUCAUCAUGGAAUUCCUUCCUUCUGGGAGCCUAAAGGAGUAUCUCCCCCGGAACAAGAACAAGAUCAAUCUCAAACAGCUUCUCAGAUACGCGGUUCAGAUCUGCAAGGGAAUGGACUACCUGGGCUCCCGUCAGUAUGUGCACCGUGACUUAGCAGCAAGAAAUGUCCUUGUUGAAAGUGAGAACAGAGUGAAGAUUGGAGACUUUGGUCUCACCAAGGCCAUCGAGACUGACAAGGAGUACUACACUGUCAAGGACGACUUGGACAGCCCCGUGUUUUGGUACGCCCCGGAGUGUUUGCUGCAGAGCAAGUUUUACAUCGCCUCGGACGUCUGGUCGUUUGGGGUGACCCUGUAUGAGCUGCUCACCUACUGUGACUCCGAGUCCAGUCCCAUGGCAGAGUUCCUGAAGAUGAUUGGCCCCACGCAGGGACAGAUGACGGUGGCGCGGCUGGUGCGUGUCCUGCAGGAAGAAAAGCGUUUGCCACGGCCGCCCAACUGCCCCGAGGAGGUGGACCAGCUGAUGAGGAAGUGCUGGAUACUCAAGCAUGAUGAGCGGACAACCUUCCACAAUCUGAUCCAAGGAUUUGAAACAAUUAUGAGUAAAAUGUAAUUAUUUGUUUUUAUACUGUCAGUACUUUCAAUGUGUGGCCAAAUAUAUACAUGCCCAGGGUCUUUUCAUAUUUUUUUUAACUACUGUAAUUUGUACUCUGACUGUGCUAAUGUGUUUAAAGGAUUCUUUUUCCAACA